AUGAUGCCCCAAUAAUCACCUUUUUAGACACUUUUUGAAAAUAUAAUUGGAUAAAUGAAGAGAGGAGAAAGUUAGAGUGCAUUGAUUGAAAUAGAUAGAUAAUUGAAAAAGACCAAGUUUAAUCAGACUGAAAAAAAAUAAUUGCAAUUGCUAAAAGGAUCAAUAUUGGUGUAGAUUGGAGCAUUGGGUGAUGCUACAAAAAUAUUGAAUGACAAUUUAAAUUAAGCUGAAUUAGAAGUCCUCUAAUUGUAUUCUAAUCUAUGUAAGGAUCUAAAUAUGAUGAAUAAUUAUUUUGAGAAAUUCAAACCAUAAAAUUUAGAGUAAACAAAGGAAUUUUAUUCUCAAUUGAUAUAAGCCCAUCGAUUUUAAGAGGCAUCAACAUAUGCCAUUAAGAUUUUCAGGGCAGAAGGAGAAAAAAAUUAAGAAUACAUGAUGGAGUAUAUUGUAUAAUUGAGUUAAAAGGAAGAUAUGGGAGGGAAAAUUGUCGAGAUGUUUGUUGAUAAGGUGGCAAAAAACAUCAAACUAGAGAACAAUUUGAAGCUUUGUACUAAUGAAGAAUUAGGAGCUUAAUUGAUUAAAUUUUAAUUGAAAUUCUACUAGAAUAACAAAAACAAAAAUGUGGAUAAAGUGUAAUAAAUAUUGGACAAUCAUGGUCCUCUUUUUGUUGAAUAUUAAUAAAAUGCAGCAAUUUCAUUAUGGAUUUACUAAAAUAAUCCUACAGAUUUUACUUACGAAUAAACUCUUAAAUACCAUUAUUAAGUCUAUAAUUCUUUGGCCACAGAUUAAAUUCUUAUAAAUUUUGAAUGCUAAGAAUAACUAGUAUUAGCCUUUUACACUGAGCCAUUCUAAUUAGAAAUUGAAUAAAUAGAGAAACCCUUCUAAAUAGUUCCAAAGGAUAAACUAUUGAGUCAUAUUUACAAUAGUUGUUAAUUAUUAUUAAAAACAACUACAAAUAGUUUAGCAUUAAAACAACUUAUACUAAUUUCAUUAAAAAUAAUUAACUUAUCAUAAAAUCCAAAAACUGAAGAGAUUUUAAAGCUAGUUGAAUUAUUAUUUUAAUAAUAAGGAGAUAAAUAUACAUUUUGCACUGAAUUAUUUAGGGCAAUUCCAAAACUACAACUACACAAGGAAAUAUACAACACUAUUCAAAAAGUAAAGACUUAAUCUAAGUCUAAAGAGGCAGAAACAAUAGCUCAUAUCAAUUUGAAGAAGCUUGAAAUUUACAUCUCAGAGGAACCAAUAAAAUAUCUUGAUGAAUUAGUUAAGUUGUAUAAUUCUCAUCCAGUUCCAGAAAAGGUUGAAAAAGGUGAUAGGUUAUUAUAAGAUGAAUAUUUGAUGAUUGCCAUUGAUAUUCUGUUUGAUGUAAAUGAUUUUGAAAAGAUUUUAAGAAGCUUAGAAUUAAUAGAUUUAGGAUUAAAAAACUCUCCAUAUAAUUUUGAUUUCUUGUUCAGACAAAUCAUCUUAUUAUGCGAAUUAGGAUAAGUGGAGUAGGCUAUUGAAUCCUUAACAAGAUUGGAUAUAAAGGGAGUGUAAUUUGAAACAUUAGGAAUGACCUUUGCAAAAUCCUUCCUUGAAUUUGGAGGUAAUUUAGAUUAAGUUGAGAGAAAGAAUUAAUAAGCUUUAAUAUUUUAUUUAGAAAAUGUGAGAGAAUCUAAGAAGAAUUUAUUGACAUCAUUCAAAAUGAAGAAUUAUGUACCAUUUGAAUCAUUUCAUUAAUUUGAAAAUUGGAUUUCAAACUCUUAUAUUAAAUUAAUAUACUAUUUUGUUCAAUGUACCAUAUUUAAUGAGAGACAGAAAUAAUAGAGCAAUGUCGAAUAUUUUUGCUAGUAGAUACAAAAUAAAUUAAAAUCCGCUUCAACUUUUUCGAUUUAAGAAACUCAUUUCCAAAGUUAUUUUAUUAGAGAAUUUAGCAAUUCCAAUUAAAAAUAUGAUAAUUAUAUUGGAAUAUAUAAAAGUCAAAAAUAAUUACUAUUAGAGACUUUGUUUUUAACGUUUAAUAAUGAGUUUAAUGAAUUAAAAAAUGAUAUCCAACAAGUUUAAAGUGUAUUCAAUGUGUACAAAGAAAUUGUGAAUGUCCAAUAGAAUUAUAAUGAAGCUCAUUUAAAUUACAGAAAUAAGUUGGAAAAUUAAUCAUUAUAAAUAAAGUACUUAGAAGAUUACAAUGAGUUUAUUAAUUUGGAGAGAGAACUUCGAUUGUCAAUAGCCAGAUUCUAUAUUUCUUUGUAUCAACCUCAAAAUGAUAUUCCUACAAAUGACUUCUUAGUUGAUCUAUCAAAAGUAUAGGAUUUAUAGAAAAUCAUACAAAAAAUAUUAAAUGGUUAAGAAAUGCCAACAAACUCAGUCAGAAUUUUGAAUCGCUUUUACAAGCAUACUUUCCCAGUGUUGAUAGUCCUUAUCAAGUAAUAAGCGGAGAUCAAAUAAAAAUUAUUUUCACUCCAAAAAAAGGCUUAGGGUGAUUCAAAGAACAUUUUAGAGAAGGCCCAAAAAUAAAUAGCUCAGACUUUAUCUUCUCUUAAAGAUGAACUGGUACAAUCAAGUACACAAUAAUUGAUGUUUAUUAAGAAUGAGCUGCCAUCAUAGAUUAAAUAACAAUUAAACAAGACAAUAAACAAUAAAGAGUUGAUCCAAACCUUAGAAUCCAAUUUACAGUUUUAAGCCUUAUCAAUAUAAACGAUGAUUGAGGAAAAGUUAAAACAAAUGAAAUGAAAAUAAUAUAAAUAUUAAAGAUUUCAUUUGAGUACUCUUUA